AUGGAUCCGAAGAGUGAGGUAAACAACGUCGAAGAUGCAACUCCACAUGCGCCCAAGUCCCGCCACGUGAACGCGCGUGUGGUUCCAAUGCAGCAAGAAGCACAAGAGGACCUCGUCCAUAUUGAUCUCACCUGGCGAUCAUGGAUGGUCGUCUUCGUGAGCUGCUUCGCAAUCAUGGCGCAAGUUUACGUCGUGGUGGCUGCCGGAAGUGUGAUAGCUUUCAUCGUUCGCGACUUGGGACAGCCUGCUAUCUCAGGUUGGAUCAUCCAGGGCCCUCUCCUGAUGCAGACCGUGCUGUCCCCGCUUGUCGGUCGGCUUUCUGACGUCCUCGACCGUAAACUAUUUGCUUCGAUACCUCCUCUGAUCGCAGUCGCCGGUAGUAUCAUAUGUGCCAAAGCAACAUCCAUGCAGAUGCUAAUUGGUGGUGGAAUUCUUGUUGGAAUCACACUAGCGACGAUUUCCAUCGUGCAGUCAAUACCUUCGGAAAUUCUUCCCCUGAAAUAUCGUGCACUGGCGAAUGGCUUUGCCUUCCUAGGUGGUGCUGUCGGAGGUCUAGUAGGAGGGCUAGGCGCUGGUGCAGUCACUAACGUGAACCCGGCAGGCUGGCGUAACAUCUUCUGGAUCAUGGCCGGCUUACAUGGAGCUACAUCUUUGGGCUUUUUCGCCUUCUACUGGCCCAAGAAACGCACCGAGUAUCCACGCAUGAGCUUUAAGGAGUAUGUCUGGGCUUGUGAUCCGAUCGGCAGUGUCCUGUUCAUCUCAGGCGCGACGCUCAUGCUACUGGCACUCAACUGGGCAGGGGGCGCUUACCACUGGAGCGACCCACACGUGUGUGCCAACCUGGUCGUGGGAAUUGUCUUGGUUUUGGCGUUCUGCGUCUACGAAUGGAAGGGAAGAACUGACGGCAUGGUCGCCCACGUGUUCUUCAGCACCGGGCCUAAUUUCUGGCUAGCCACAUUUGCUUUUGCUGUGGAGGGAUGGAUCUUCUAUUCUGCAGUAAAUUCGGUAACGCCGCAAAUAAUCCUGAACCUCGGAUUUGAAACAAACGCUUGGGACAUUGCUGUUCGACAGCUGUCGUAUCAGAUCCCAUCCUUGACAUUCUCUCUGGUUGUAACAUGGUGGGCAACGCGUUUCAAGGACCUGAGUAAGUAUAACUUCCAAACGAAAUUUCUUCAUCCAAGCUCAUGUGUCUUCGCAGAAUCCCCUUUGGUCUUCACGUACGUCGUCUUCCUCAUCACCACCAUUUGUUACGCAAAUAUCCGUCCUUCAUGGAACGUACCGCAACUCGUCUUUGCAGUCCUCGCCGGCAUCGGAACAUCAGGCCCGCUCACUCUGCUGGUCGCCUGCAUCCAGUUUACAGCGCCACAUGCCUUUCUCUCGACAGCUACUGGUCUUGCUUUCUCUGCACGCGCUAUUGGGGGUGCCUUUGGCUCCGCCGUCAUCAAUGCUAUAAUCAACGGACGCCUUAACUCGCAUUAUGCGUCUGACGUCGGUUCUGCCGCGACUACUGCCGGUCUUCCUACAUCUUCUCUCCCAGCCCUGCUGGAAGGCAUGGAGGCUGGGUCAUUCGCGGAUGUACCAGGUGUGAAUGACAUGAUUAUCAGGGCGGCUUUGGAGGCGAGCCACUGGUCGUACGCGAGGGCAUACAGACUGGGAUGGUGGAGCGUCGUCCCUUUUGUCGCGCUAGCAAUCGCAAGUGUGGCUUGUAUGUCCGGUGUGAAAGACCUCAUGACAGAGCAUGUCGAGGCCACUGUUGAACGAGACGUCGUGGAUGAUCAGGGGAAGGAGAAAGGCUUAGAAGGGAAGUGA